AUGGCCAGUAAGGAUAUUGCGCGGUCAUCUUCAAGAUCGGUUUCUGCUGAUGCCUCUUCCUCUUCUACUUUCACGUCGACCGCCAUCAUCCAUCGUCAACAACCUCGAUUCAUGACCGGGCGGGUGGGCUGGAUGAUGCAGUUGAAGAAGCAUCAUGAAACCCGUAAGAACGAGCCGAACGAUCCUCAAUGA